AGCUGCAACUGAAACGCCCAAGCUGAAACCUUGUACUUUGCACCGGUUUCUUCAAGUCUGAUGGUUAAAAGCGGGGCGUGCGUGGUGAAUGAUAAGUUUGCAGUGCAGCAAGGUAUUGACUCGUGAAAAGACCUUUAUUUCAUGACAUACUGCUAUUUUGUCUUUAAUUAGCAGUCUACAUUUCUGAAGCUGCUCCUGCAUAUCUGUCCUGGUCUUCACACAUAGAUAGCUGCUCCUGGUAGGACUGCAAUGUAUGAUUGAGAGCAAGUGAAUUAAACAUCUUGCAGGUGAGCUGAAAACCACAGUGAGGCUUAGAAUGUUGAGUCGGCUACAAGAGCUGAAAAAAGAAGAGGAAGCUCUACUGAAGAUCAAAAGCACUUUACAAGAUCAAUUAAACCGACUCAAGGUAGAAGAGUUGGCCUUGCGAUCCAUGAUCAUGACCAAAGAUGAAGGCCACACUGUUGGCACUGACAAGUGUGGCCAAACACCUGAAUCCAUGGAGUCUUUGAUGCAGGUAGACAAUGAAAAUACCAUCAAUCAAACCCAGCUACAGUUAAACACAUCCCAGUUUGUUACUCAUAUAAGACAUGAUGAGGAGGAGGAGGAAGUGGAAGAAGAAGAGGAUGAAGAAUAUAACUAAAUCAUGCUUUGUGUCAAGACUUUAAAUUAAUAGCACAAAAGAUGUCUUCAGAUUUUUUUUCAAUGUACAGCAAGUUGGAUGUAUGAACACAACAGCCUUUGAGAACUGCAGACCAUAACUUCUGAAACAUUACUUUGAAAGUGUUGUCUUCAUUGCUUCACCUCCUUGACAGAAAUGAGAAGGGCAGCUGCAGUGGACGACAGUUGCAGCGGUGCAACCUUUGUGCUGAAUAAAGAUGUGUUAUCGGCACAAACUGACAAGUCCCUGAGAAUUAGGAAGACAAAAUCAGAAACGCAUCUCUGCGGGUGUGCAAAUUUUCGCAAUUUUGAACUUUCUUGGAACAUGGGUGCUGAGGUUUUGGAACAAUAGACAACAAAGUUAGCUGGAUGUAUGAAUGAUAUUCACAUGCUGCAGUCUCUGUGCUUGGUCACGGGAUCUUUUAUUAUUUUAUUACUUCUGUGCAUCCCCUGAGGAUCUCCAAUAGUGACUAAUCACUAUUGCAGUAUUAGUUUUGUUAAUAAAAAAAGCCUGUGCAGAAACUCCUGAAAGUACCA